AUGCUUGUCUGCGAACACAGUAACGACCCCCAGUUGUUCUGUGUGGACGAACAGAGGGCUGUGUGUCCUGUCUGUGACUUUCCUCACCAGCAGAGUCACAAAUUGGUUCCUGUAGAAGAAGCAGUCAGUGUCCUAAAGAAAAAUCUAGAAUCUGACUUAAAGUCUCUGCAGGACAAGAGGAACAAAUACAAACAAGUGGAGAAAACAUACAAUGAAGUGAUUCAACACUCCAAGAAGCAGCUGUUGUCCACAGAGAGGCAGAUCAGAGCAGAGUUCAACAAGCUCCAGCAGUUCCUGAAAGAGGAAGAGGAGUCCAGACUGGCAGCUCUGAGGGAGGAAGAGGAGCAGAAGGGGAGGACUAUCAGCAGAGAGAUGAAGAUGAUUGAGGAGCAGAUCUCCUCUCUGUCAGACAGCAUCUCUGCUGUUGAAGAAGAGCUGCAGAAACACAGCGUGCCAUUCCUCAGCAGUUAUAAAGACACUCAGAGCAGAGCCAGAGCCCAGAGCUCAGUGUCAGAUCCACAGCUGGUCUCAGGAGCACUGAUAGAUGUGGCCAAACACCUGGGCAUCCUGUCCUUCAGAGUGUGGGAGAAGAUGAAGGAGAAGGUCCACUUCAGUCCUGUCAUUCUGGACCCAAACACUGCAAACCGCUGGCUCUAUCUGUCUGAUGAUCUGACCAGUGUUAAAUAUGGAGACACAAAGCAGCAGCUUCCUGAUAAUCCAGAAAGAAACACAAAUUAUGCCAAUGUUUUUGGCUCUGAGGGUUUCAGCUCAGAGAAACACAGCUGGGAGGUGGAGGUGGGAGACCAUCCUGCCUGGAAUAUUGGUUUAAUUAAAGAGACAGCUGACAGGAAAGGAGAAUAUCCUGUUUCACAAAAAAAUGGAAUCUGGUGUUUAGUGCAUCGCAGCGGAAAAUAUAAUAAUGGUGAUGGUCAGACUGUGAAAGUGAAGAAGAGUCUCCAGAGGAUCAGAGUCCAGCUGGACUAUGACAGGGGGGAGGUGUCCUUCUAUGACCCUGAAGUCAUGACUCACAUCUACACUCACAGAGACACUUUCACUGAGAAACUCUUCCCAUAUUUUUGUAUUUUUAAUGUUGAUGAUGUGAAGACAUCUGAUAUCAAAAUCUGUGAAACUAAAAUUUCAUUGUAA